AAGGCCCAAAAAAAUCUCAAAGUCAGGUAUAAAUAAAUAUUAUCAGCACCAAAAACCCUAACUCUGAGAUUACGCACUCCUUUCAGCUUAACGCAGCCGUCGGAAGAAAAAGCAGAGAAGCAAAUCAGCAGCCAUGGGAAAAGUACACGGAUCGUUGGCACGUGCCGGGAAGGUUAGAGGGCAGACACCGAAGGUAGCGAAGCAAGAUAAGAAGAAGAAGCCUAGAGGACGCGCUCACAAGCGUCUCCAGCACAAUCGCCGUUUCGUUACCGCCGUUGUUGGUUUCGGUAAGAAGAGAGGACCCAACUCUUCUGAGAAGUAGAGAAGAAGAUUGAUGAUAUGCAUUGAAGAUUCUCCGUUACUCUUUUUGUAACUUAAAUCUUUCUUCUUUUGUUUUAGUAAUGUAUCUUUGGUACUUUAUAUGUUUUAAUUCCAUGCUAUGAAAUACGAUUUUAGUUUUGAA